ACUCACCUGCGGUGCGGUGCGGUGCGGUGACGUAUCGCACUCAGAUGUGAAUCGGAGGAAUGUGCUGCUAAACUCUUUUUGACAAAAAUUAGCAUGUUCAUUAUCACAUACAGGCGAAUCUGACAUGUGAAAUCACCGCGGUGCGUGUGAUAUUACACAGGUUGACUAGAGCGCGUGCAGCUCCUGAUGUUCCUUGAGUGACACAAACACGAAAGCAAAGCUCUGGUGCCAUGACUCACAGGAAGUCUGACGGAUCCGUGACGGACGAGCGAAGUGACCUGCUGCUGUCAGAAAAGCGCUUCAGUUCCGUCCUUCAGCUGGAGCAAGCGUCCGGUCGUUCAGCCUCCAGCGUGGAUCUGUCCAGAGCGGAUUCACCUGUGGUUCUCAGCACCCAGAGCCAAGCCGCCCGACGGCUGGGCACGCAGCAGCUCAUUCCCAAGAACCUGGCGGUGUCCAGCCGCCCAAAACACCGCCAUCACACCACCGUGGUGACCCUGCCGGUCAAGGAUCUGUCCUGGGAAGACUACGACAGCGAUGGAGGCGACGGCUCCUCGUUCAGGAGGAACCGCAGAAAUAAAUCCUACCGCGCUGCCGUCACCAGUCUGAACAUCGAGGCUUUGACAUGCGCAGACGAAACAGACCUUCUGCCUCCUGUCAGUGAGGACACGACCACGAGCUCCAAACAACCUGCCAAAUCGGGACGCAAGAGAACUCUGGGCAAACUCCGAAACAGAAAACAGGCCGGAUCCUUUAAAGAUGAGCCGCGGUUCUAUCAGGAGAUCAGAGAGAGAGGUCUGAACUCCAAUCAUGUGAGCACAGAAGAGGAUGACUUGAGUCCCACUGAAGCCACUGAGCAGGAUCAGGGGAUCGUGGUGAAGAACUACAGAGCAGCGUACAUCACCUGGAGUCAGUUAUAUCAGGUGAAGGAAAUGGGCAUUCUGGACAUCAUCACCCCCGAGGAACGUAAAAGACAAGAGGCCAUCUUUGAGAUCCUCACAUCAGAAUAUUCAUACCUGCACAGUCUCAGUAUUCUCAUCCGCCAUUUUAAAGACAGCGUGGACUUAAGGAGGACCAUGACCGCUACAGAACAUCAUCACCUCUUCUCCAACAUUUCUGUCAUCAUGGACAUCAGCAAACGCUUUUUUCAGGAUCUGGAAAAGCGUCACCAGAGACAUCCUGUGAUCCAGGACAUCAGUGACAUCGUACAGAAUCACGCCAGUCAUCACUUUGAACCUUACAUCAUCUACUGCUCCAAUGAGACCUUCCAGCAGAGAACCCUCCAGAAACUACUCACGACUACCAGUGCGUUUCGAGAGACUCUGAAGCAGAUUGAAAGCAGUGAGGAAUGUGGAGGUCUGCCCAUGAUCUCUUUCCUCAUCUUACCCAUGCAGAGAGUGACCCGUCUGCCUCUGCUCAUGGAUACCGUCUGUCAGAAGAGCCCUAAAAAUACAGCAGAACACUUUGCUUCCCGCUGGGCUCUGAAAGCUAUCAGUAAGCUGGUGAAGAGCUGUAAUGAUGGAGCGCGGAGGAUGGAGAGAACGGAACAGAUGUACACCAUCCAGAAACAGAUGGACUUCGGCAAAAUCAAGCCGUUCCCACUGGUGUCUUCAUCACGCUGGCUGAAGAAGAGCGGAGAGCUGGCGGUGUACACUGAAGAGCUGAGUCUCUUCAGAAAAGCUUUCAGUUACAAGAGCUGUAUUCUGUUCCUCUUCAAUGAUGUGCUCAUCGUCACCAAGAGAAAGAGCGAGGAGAGUUAUGUGGUGUUGGAUUAUGCCACUGUGGAGAACGUGAGCGUACAGGAGGAGCUGAGCGACUCUAAACUCAAUCUGAAACUGCUGAUGAAUCCCAACAGUGACGGCCGAUCUGAACACAUGACACUCGUGGCUGAAAGCAGACUGGACAGAGCUCGCUGGGUUACAGCUCUCUGUAAUCUCAAACACAAGAGCAUCACUGAGGACGGUGAAGCGCUGCCGCAGUAUGAAGCCACUAAAGCAUACCUGCCCAAAGCUCCAGAUGAGCUUAGUCUACAGCAGGCCGAGCUGGUCAUAGUCCUGCAGGAGGUGGAAGGCUGGUGUCAUGGAGUGCGAAUGAGAGAUGGGGAAAGGGGCUGGUUUCCUGCCAACUGUGCCACUCAGAUCACCAACCGCACGGCCAUGGAGAGCAACAUACAGCGCAUGGAGCGACUGCGCAAAGAGACCGACGUCUGACAAGACGGAAGUGUGUGUGCGUGCAUGCGUUAGUCAACAAACAAGAGACGUACUACAGGAACUGCUUCUGGUUUUAUUUGAGCUUGCUUUUGUUAAAAUUCAUGUUUGGAUACAUAAAAAGUUAUUUAAAAAUGUCAAACUGACCAGAUAUCAAAUUACUUUUAAAAACCAUUUGGUGUAAAAACUUAAGACCGAUUUAGAAAAACAUCUGCUGUUUCCCCAAAACUUUUAGCUGUCACAUAAAAAUAAUGGAAAAAAAAAACAGGUCUGCAUAGAGUCUGCAGGCAAUCGGUGGUAAUCUGGUCGAAAUGCAUU